UAAAGCCCGGAGUUUUGGUAUAAAUAAGCGAACUAGAAACGGACAGACACAGAAAACAACGGCCGGACACCACUAGUAGUGGAAAGGAGCAUCUCUUCCUGCAUUAUUUGUAGAAAAAACCUUUCCCUCCAAAAAAAGUCCCUGGAAUUUGAAGGAUCCGCGAUGAAAGCUGUCAGCCCGAUCCGAUCGGCCAGGAAACAAAGCAGCGGCGACAUUGUGCGGGGCCUGUCAGAGCAGAGCCUUGCUAUUUCCAGAAGCAAAACGCCGGUGGAAGAGCCGCUUGGCCUCCUCUACAAUAUGAACGACUGCUACUCCAAACUGAAAGAGCUCGUCCCCAGCAUCCCGCAAAACAAGAAAGUCAGCAAAAUGGAAAUCCUCCAGCAUGUCAUCGAUUACAUUCUGGAUCUGCAGAUCGCUUUGGACACGCACCCUUCCAUCGUUCUCCACCAAAGCCAGAACUCACCCUCCAGAAUGCCCCUGUCAACACUCAACACAGACGUUGCCAUCCUAUCCUUACAGGCAUCUGAAUUCCCCAAACAGUUGUUGUCGGACGACAGUAAGGCUUUCUGUCGUUGACCAACUGGUGUUCGCACAUCACGAGGCCUGAGCUGAAGCAGCCCCUGGAGCGAUCGUUGCCAAGUGGCCCAACAAUCAUUGACUGAAUGACUUUCUAAAUGAUCCUCCAAACUCCCUUUUCACCCGGUCUGAUCGGUUAUUUAUAAAUGGACUGAAUGCCCUUUCUUCAUUUGGAAGGCUCGCAGUUGUUUUUUCCCUAGUUUCAUUAUUAAUAUAUCCCAGAUGAGGGAAGCACGCACACACUCUCUCACACUUACACACAAGGAAUAUCGUCGAUGGAUGAAGACUUCAUCUUAUGAUGGUGGAGCGUAGCCAGAAGAGAUCUUCUAAGCAACAAGCAGAUAUUUUUUUGCCAGAUUUUAUUUUCUGGCAGACUACUGGCGCUGAUUUUGUGAGAUACACAACCUUGUGAACUCUAAUCAAGAGUAUCGUGUAUAGUAGCAGAGAUGUGCAUUUCUGCAACGUUGUAAUGCUGUACUUAAUUAUUCUGAAACUUUUUAUAAAAGUUAAUAUUGUAAAUCGUACUUUUUAUACAAAAUAAAUCGUUGCUUACUGAAUGUGAAAUUACUUAAUUGCUCAUGGAGUGAAUGAGAAACGUAACUGGCCUGUUAGAAAACGCUGCCCUGAGUCACUGUCAAUGUGUUCACUGUUCUAGAAGCAGGGGAAUGUGUACGAGUGGCUGGUCCGAGCCAGUAUGCUAACUGUAUCAAUUAUGAAGCGACGACCAAUAAUUUGCGAGCGUCUCUGCUAAGCCUGUUUUGCGUUUAAAAUAGUGAAAGGUCAGUGCAGGUGUAUCUUAAUUGUUGAAGAUGAUUUUUGUUAGGAUGGACUGAGAUGUUUUGGCUAUAACAGCAAAAUCUAUUUUCAAAUACCAGAAAUUUGCCACUUAUCCAACGCCGAUCAACUGAAAACUCAGAUUCUAAAAGGUGACUUUUUUUUCACAAAUGGAACCGAGAAUGAAGUGGGUUCAAGACGGUUUCAAAAUAAAAAUAUUAAAUUACGAUUUAUCUGUUACAGAAAAAAUAACGUUUUUAUUAAACUUAUUUAAAUACUUC